AUGGUUCGAGACCAAGGAGAUCUGCCUACGUUGGGGAUCUUCCCCAUGCCCAGAGGUGGCUCCUCUGCCCACAGCAGGGGGUUGGAAGCAGAUGAUUUCAAGGUCCUUCCAACUCAAGGCAUUCGACCUUGCAGCAGCCUGUCUGUCUGUCUGUCUGUCCAUCUCAGGAACAUCCUGUGCGGGAGAGUGCAGUGCACUAACAUCAAAAGAGUGCCAGUCCGGCAAGACGGCGAGACCGUGGUCCAGACCUUCCUGAACAACCAGCUCUGCUGGGGGCUCGAGUUCCACCUGCCUUUCGACACGCCUGACGACGGCUCGGUGAAGGACGGCACGUCGUGUGGCACAAACAAGAUCUGCAUCAACAGGACGUGUGUCAGCGCAGCUUUCCUCAGCAGCGUUUGCACAGCGAGAAAAUGCCACGGCAAAGGGGUCUGCAACAACAAGAACAACUGUCACUGUGAUUUGGGAUGGGCGCCUCCGGACUGCAGGGCAAAAGGGUUUGGAGGCAGCGUUGACAGCGGACCGCCUCCUUCUUACUAUGCGUACGGAGCUGCGGUAAAAGCCGCUGGAACGCUGCUUCUUCUCAGCCUGAUUUUGGGCGUUCUGCUGUACAAGAGGGCUGACAUUGCCGGCUAUAUCCGAAGGUGGCGACAUCAAAGACGGGACAGAAGGAACAACCCCACUCCUCCUCCUCCAGAACUGGUAAGCACUGCUCCCACCUCCAUUAAAACUAAUGCUCUCGAAGAGGGGGGGUUGGGAAACAGCAGCUCCUGGCUGCUUUCCUCCCAUCUAUGUUCUUUCCCAGCCAUUCUUGCUCCUCCGGUUCUGCCGGUGCGAGCUGAGAGGUGAGGACGCACCCAAAGGAUACAAAUACUUGUCAGUAUCCCUGCAGAGAACUGUUCUGGUUCGUGCCAAAAAAGAGUUUAACGUAAAAAUACCAGGUUCCUAUAAAUAGAAGUGCAUUCGGGCUGACUGCGCCGAGAGCCGACGUUAGCGUGAGAGCGCAGCUGCACAAAGCCCAAACAAAGCAUUUCUUCUUGUCAGAAAUGAGAAUGCUGCCUAUGAGUGAAGA